GGGCACUCCUUCACUGCUAGAUGGACUCUGGCUGUGGCAGGUGUGGGAUGCUGGCCCUGCUGCUGCUGCCCCUGCUGUGGGCAGGGUCCCUGCAGGUGAAUCCAGGGUAUGAGCUGAAAGUGGCAGAGUCGGUGACGGUGCAGGAAGGCCUGUGCAUCCUGGUGCACUGCCACUUCUCCUACCCCUGGCCUAGGAGAAAUUACUACACAUCAUCCCCACCCUACAUCUACUGGUUCUUGGAUGGGGACACAAUCUAUGAUGAACCUGUGGCCACAAACAACCAAAACAGAGAAGUGAAGACUGAGACCAGGGACCGAUUCCAUCUCGUUCAGGACAUCAGGAACAACAACUGUUCUCUGCACAUCACAGACGCCAGGAAGGGGGACUCAGGACACUACGUCUUCCGAGUGGAAAGAGGAUCGGAUGUAAAAUAUACUUACCGGGACAAGAAGCUGACUUUGAGGGUGACAGCCCUGACUGAGAAACCCGUCAUCCACUUUCUGGAGCCCCUUCAAUCUGGCCGCCUCAGCCAGCUGAGGUGCAGCGUGCCAGGGUCCUGCCAAGGGAGCACAUCUCUCACCUUCUCCUGGAGAGGGAAUGUCAUCAAAAUGAUGGAUCCCAGCACUCUUCAGACCUCAGAGCUCUCCCUCAGUCCACGUCCCCAGGACCACAACACCAGCCUCACCUGUCAGGUGAAUCUCCAUGAUGUGACCACGGAGAGAACCAUCUGGCUCAAUGUCUCCUAUGCUCCACAGAACCUCAGCAUCAGCCACCUCAGAAAUGGCACAGCCCCACAGACCAUGAGCAGUGGCAUGUCACUUCCUGUCGUGGAAGGCCAGUCCCUGAGUCUGAUCUGUGUGGCUGACAGCAACCCCCAUGCUUCACUGAGCUGGUCCAGGAACAGAAAAGCCCUGGAUACUUCCCAGGUGUCAGCAUCUGGGGUCCUAGAGCUGCCUCAUGUAAGGACCGAAGAUGAUGGGGAAUUCACCUGCCAUGCUCAGAACCCUCUGGGCUCCCAGCAUCUUUCUGUGAGCCUGUCUGUGCAGAGAUGCCCUUCUUCCUGCCCAUGUGCAUCUGAGAAGCAGGAGGGAUCCUGGCCCCUGGUCCUCACACUAAUUAGGGGAUCUCUCAUGGGAGCUGGCUUCCUGAUUACCUAUGGCCUCACCUGGGUCUACUACACCAGGUGA